AUGGGUGUCGGAAGUGUCCUGGGCCAGCUCGAUGCUGCUCUCAGCGACCUAGUCGGACAGUGGAACGGCUAUUCUACCGGCUUGGCCACCGCCCUCGUCCUCAUCAUCACAUAUUCUAUCAUGACCAGAGUAGACCCGGACAUUCAUCCAAUGCUCCUUGCUCGUCAAGCUCAAGGUUCACCCGUCAGACAAGAAGGCGAGUCUCCCAUCUAUCGUGGGAACUCGGCUCCUCAUGGAAUGCCUCUCAACAGCGGCUUGAACGUAAAGCCCCCCGGCGCCUCCAAGUGGUCCAUGGGCAAAGACGGUGAUCUGAGAGAUGUUUGGAGACGGGCCAUCUCCGGCACGGAGGACGGUUCCGCCAAAGGUCGCAUCUUGACCGUCCAGGGACGCGAGAAAGUAAUUGAACACAAGCUCGGGGACAUCACCCGCGCUAUCAGGUUGGUUGGCCAGCACAUCUCCGAACAGGGAGGUAGCAAAGUCGCCAUCUAUUUGCCUAAUUCUGUCGAGUUGCUGGCAGCCCUCUUUGCCUGUAGCUUUUUCAACCUGACUGCCAUCGUCGUACCAUUCGACGAGUCUCCGGAGUCAAUUGUCUCUAUGCUCCGGCAAUCAAACGCUGAUACUGUCGUUACCCUCUCUGGAGCAUUCCCUCUGGAUGUGGUUGUGAAGAGCUACCCAUCCUUGAAGCAGCUCGUAUGGGUGGUUGAGCAAGGCAGUAGCCACCUCGACUGGAGCGAGGUUCCUGAAGGGUUUGGUGGCAAGGUCAAUGUUUCCACAUGGCAAGACAUCCUGCAAGAUAACCCGGUCACGACUAGUCUCGACCUCCCUGCCGAUGAAAAAACACCUGCUGACGUUGUCUUCUUCUGGAAGUCAAAGUCUGCUUCCCAAGAGCAGUUGGUCCAGUUCACCCAGAAGAAUCUGGUCGCAGCAAUCUCUGCUCAGCUGACUGCCAUACCAACUACGCAGCGCCUUUCGCCUUCGGACCUCUUCCUCUCGGCAGCCCCCUUGUCCACCACGUUUCCACUCGUGCUUACUCUCGCAGCUCUUUACUCCAAUGCUUCGGUCGCUUUCAACUCCGUUGCUGGGUCCGUUGCAGAUAUUGUUCUAGCUACCGGAGGCGUUGCACCUACUGUCAUUGUGGCUACUCCACAAACCCUUCAAACGACUCACACAGAGUCAUCGGGGCAGGUCGCAUCCGGAAUCGCAUCCGCUGCUCAUUGGGUCCAGACGCGGAGCCUGGUUCAGAACGGUGCGAUGCCAGUCGCCUCUUUACUCAGCUCGUAUAAUGACAAGAUCAGGCCUGCCGUCGGUACCACUCCUGGUAAACUUAGGCUGGUUUAUGUGGCAGACUCGGCUGGCACUGGCACUCCUGUCCUGAGCGAGCGCACCAUCUCCGACCUGCGGAUCUUCUUUGGAGCCAGGAUUAUCUAUGCCCUUGCAGCAGCUCAAGUUGCUGGUUCUGUGGCUCAGACUCAAUUCAAUGACUACCGUGUCCAUGGUAAUGGAUCUGGAUCCCACUUCGGUCCGCCAGUUAGCAGUGUCGAGGUCAUCCUCAAAGACACUGGCAGCCACAAGACGUCUGAGGAUGGCCAGACUGUUGAGGGAGAGAUCAACGUCCGUGGACCAGCGGUCGUUGGUGGAGCCACAUCGCUCGGCAUUGUUGGCAAGAUUCGGGAGGAUAAUACUUUGGCUUAUCUUUGA